AUGAAUAAAUUGUCACUUUUUCCACGUCAUACAAAAGCAGCAGAACGUGAUAAUACAAUAAAUCUUAUUCAUGCACUUCGAAAUUAUUUUCAUUAUCAUAUUAAAUGUUGUAAAGCAUAUUUACAUGCACAUAUGCGUCAUAAAACAAAUGAAUUUUUAAGACGUCUUCAAUUAGCUCGACCAGAAGUUAAAAAGAGUUUUCGACGUGUUGGACCAAAUACAGCGAGUGACGCACCAAGUGGUAUGGAAUAA